GAUGCAAAGAUGAUAUCUCUAUAAAAUAAAGGAGUGUCGUUAGUAUUUGAGAGAUUAAUAAUUAAUAGCAACCACAUCCAGCUCUGUGCUGCGCUGUUUAGGCUGGGACGCAGGAAAGGCUUUUGACUGUGAUAGUGACAGACCCACGAGACGUGUAGGUUGAGACGGUCCCACAGCUCGUGUGGAGACAACACACACUCCUCCGACGUCGUCAUCCCAAGAUUGACAAGUCGCUCAACCUGCAUACUACUACCUGUGCCUACCACAAAUUACCCAAAUCCACCGUGGCCACCACAUUCGCUCUCCCCCGCCUUUCCAGACCGUCCCUGUCCCUCAUCGUAUUCCUGCUCGUGCUGGGCAUCUCAAUCAUCCUGGCUCCUCCGCUCCGCCUCUCCCCCGCCUCAUUCCGACUAAGCGCGCUGGUGCAACAAGUGCAACGGCCAUCCAAACAAUUCAUCCGAAGACAAAAUCCCCUCCGAUCAAUAACUACCGCCAGCAUGGCUCCAGAUAAGCUCCGCGCACCCCCGCAAUCCCCACCCUUGUUCGUCGCUACCCCUUCCUCCAUCAUCGACGACACCAAGCGUCUCAUCACCCAGUCCCGCAAGAUCCAAGACGAUGUCGCCGGCAUCGUCACCGCGGACUCGGCGACCUUCAGCACCGCGCUGCUCCCGCUCGCCCAUGACGAAAACGCCAUGGCCCUGGAGGCCCAUAUCCUUGGCUUCUACCAGGCUGUCUCGACCGACCAGAAGCUGCGCGAUGCGUCCAGCGAGGCCGAGAAGCUGCUCGAUGACUUUGGCAUUGAGACUGCGAUGCGCGAGGAUCUAUUCAAGCUUGUGGAUGCGGCGUUGAAAAAGGGUGAGAAACUUGACCCUGAAUCGCAGCGGUUGCUCGAAAAGGAACAUAAAGAUUAUAUUCGUAACGGGUUGGGCUUGCCGGCCGGCCCGAAGAGGGAUCGAUUCAAGGAGAUCAAGAAGCGAUUGAGUCAGCUUAGUAUUGAGUUUCAGAAGAAUCUAAAUGAGGAGAAUGGCGGGAUCUGGCUUACGCCGGAAGAGCUGGAUGGGGUGCCGGAGGAUGUGUUGUCGGGGCUUGAGAAAGGCAAGGAUGAGAACGAGGGCAAGAUCCGUCUGUCGUUUAAAUAUCCCGAUCUGUUCCCGACGCUGAAGUAUGCCAAGAACGCCGAAACUCGCAAGCGCGUGUCGAUUGGGAAUGAGAAUAAAUGUAACCAGAACAUCCCGUUGUUCAAAGAGGCGAUGGUUCUGCGUGAUGAGGCCGCGCGAUUGUUGGGUUAUCCUAACCAUGCCGCGUUCCGGAUUGAGGAUAAGAUGGCUAAGACGCCUCAGACUGUAAACACUUUCCUGGGCGACUUGCGAUCUCGGCUGGCUGCUGGUGGAUUGAAGGAGAUUGAGAAGCUGAAGCAACUGAAAAAGGCCGAUUUGGAGUCUCGCGGAGAGAAAUUCGACGGCCACUAUUUCCUCUGGGACCAUCGAUUCUACGACCGUCUGAUGCUUGAAAAGGAGUACCAAUUAGACCAUCAGAAAAUCUCCGAGUUCUUCCCUCUGCAGACAACCAUCCGCGGCAUGCUGGAGAUUUUUGAGAAAUUGUUUGGUCUGCUUUUCGUCGAGGUUACGGGUGAUGACCGGAGCAAAAUAUCGCCAUCUGGAAAAGGCGAGGAUAUCGUCUGGCAUGAGGACGUGCAGUUGUUUAGUGUGUGGAAUGAUGCGUCUGAGGGCGGCGGCUUUGUUGGGUAUCUAUAUUUAGACUUGCAUCCCCGCGAGGGCAAGUAUGGACAUGCCGCCAACUUCAAUCUGCAGCCUGGCUUCAUCGACGCCAACGGCAACCGGAGAUACCCUGCCACAGCGCUGGUCUGCAACUUCUCCAAACCCACAGCCAAAAAACCCAGUCUACUCAAACACGACGAAGUCGUAACUCUCUUCCACGAACUCGGCCAUGGAAUCCACGACCUCGUUGCGGAAACCAGAUACUCUCGCUUUCACGGCACAAACACGGUACGCGACUUCGUCGAAGCACCUAGCCAAAUGCUCGAGAACUGGUGCUGGACCCCUUCCCAACUCAAGUCGCUGAGCUGCCACUACUCGACCCUAUCACCCGAGUACCUCAAGGCAUGGCAGGAGUCUGCGGGCGACAGCAGCGCGACUCCGCCAGCCCAAAGCAUUCCCGACGAUUAUAUUGACAGCCUGAUCCGCACGAAACACGUCAAUGACGCCCUGUUCAAUCUGCGCCAGCUGCACUUCGGUAUCUUCGACAUGACCAUGCACGAGCCCGCCUCGCACGAGGCCAUUGAGAAGCUCAACCCCACUGAGACAUACAACACGCUCCGUCGCGAAAUAUCACAGAUCGAGGGGCCCGAGGCAUUAGGGGAGGGCUACGAAUGGGGCCAUGGACAGGCGACAUUCGGCCAUUUGAUGGGUGGCUACGAUGCUGGGUAUUACGGAUAUCUAAGUUCUCAAGUCUAUUCGACAGAUAUGUUCUACACGGUCUUCAAAAACCACCCGAUGGAUCCCAAUGAGGGCCGCAGGUAUAGACAUAUGGUGCUCGAAAAGGGCGGUAGUCAGGAGGAGAUGAAGACGUUGGCAGGGUUUUUGGGGCGGGAGCCAAAGACCGAGGCGUUUUAUAAGGAGUUGGGGUUGGCGUGAUGGAAUAGUUACACGAGCAAGAAAAACCACGAAAUAGCGAUGACGAUUUCAGUGUUCGUAUGACGUGGUGGUUAAAUUAUAUGUUAUCGAUUGGUCUGAAUAGGAGGUAGAUACAGAUCAAGUCUAAACAAAUAAAGCGCCAUUCAUUCACAUCAUCUACUUCAUUUGUACUAUACAACUGCUCUAAUAGCACUUGACACUUUUACAUCGCCGCGUUCCCAA